AUGAGUUUUGUUAAUUCCACUUCCUUUUUUUUUUCUUGUUUUUGCUUUAAUUAUUUCGCUUAUCUUGCUUGUUGCCUUGGGGCAACCACCAUGGACGUUUUUUUCUUUUCUACUCUUCCCUCUUUUGUUUCUUGCUGCACUCUUCCUGUGAGGGGUGCCGUGUGUUCCCCGCCCAACUGCUCCACUCGCACACCCACCGACACGCUCAUGACGACGGCCCUGUGCGCCUCGCCUGCUGCACGCAUGAGGAGGGGCGGCGACGAACGGCGCGCUGAGGGAGCCGUGACGUGUGGGCGUGCGACGAGGGCCACUGGGGCGGAGCACAUAUUUCUUCCCUCUUGUUUUGUUUUUGCGGUCAGGGCGGGCAGACACCCGCAGCGCCACACACACAGCCACACCCUGCCGCCGUGUUUUUAA